UAAUUUAAGGUGGAACAGUGAAGUCAAAUCUGAAAGUAAAUCUCGCCUUGUUUUGUCUCUGGUCACAGGACCGGUUCUGCAGAAGGACACAGCUGAGCUGGUACAGAUCAUCCAGGUGUUUUUGUUCAGCUCAAGGUGAAGAUGGCGGUGUUGUCUAAGGAAUAUGGCUUUGUGCUGCUGACUGGAGCAGCCUCUGUUCUCCAGCUCACUUUCCUGUCUCAUGCUGUGGUGAGGGCUCGCAGAAAGUACAACGUGCAGUAUCCCACCAUGUACAGCGAUGACGCAGAGAAUGGCCAUAUCUUCAACUGUAUCCAGAGAGCUCACCAAAAUACUGUUGAAGUCAUGCCGUCCUUCCUGUUCCUCUUGGCUGCUGGAGGCAUAUACUAUCCACGUCUGGCCAGUGUUUUCGGAAUAAUCUGGAUUGUCGGCAGAGCAGUGUAUGCACAUGAAUACUCCACUGGUAUGCCUGAGAGAAGGAAGCAUGGAGGUUUUGGGUACAUCGGUCUGCUGGGUCUGUUCUUAUGUACUCUGAACUCUGGCAGAAUCAUGCUGGGGUGUGGAUGCAAACCCAAAUGGCCCAGAGAAAUGUUUAAAAACUUUUAAAGAACACAGACACACUAUUGCUGUAUGCUUUUUUUGGGGGGGGAUGUGUGACUGUAUUUGUUAGAAAAAAAUAUUAUACAUCAUUUGUCAUGAAGUCACCUGAGGGUUAUCCGUCCAUACAUAUUAUCAAUGUAUUACUGACGAUCAUCACACUGAUAGUAAAGCUCUUUUAAAUACAA